AUGUCUGAUAAUAAACGAUUGGGCACGGAAAUCUCUGACGGACUGGAUCUAAAGAGACAGAAAACUUCUGUAAAUGACAGUUUAGGUCCUGAACAGAGAUCAAAUAUAAAUGGGACUCAUCAAUCCACGCCUGGUUCUGGCUCCGUUUCUGCUUCUACGUCUGUUCCUGCGUCUGUUCCUGGCUCUGGUUCGACAACGGCUUCGGUUGCCCCUCAGGGGCCACUCCCCACCAUAGGUAAUGAUCAAUUAGAUGCAAUAUUUAAUGAACCAGUUCCAGAGCUCAACAUAAAGCAAGAGCAAAGAAAUGAUAUCAAUAUUGAUUUUGAUAGUUUGCCGGCAGAUUUCCUCGAUAACAACUCUCCGUUUGAUUUACCGAGUGUUGGUUCAAACAUAGGAACUCCUGAUGCAACCUAUCAAUCAGUGGGCACUCCAAAUCUUGCCACUGGGAAUAAAUCAAUAACAAAUCAACAGGGCAUCAACACAGCCGUGAAAACUAGCGGCAGUUCAACGCCGGUACAAAUAUCAACACCUGUACCAAAUGAUUCUUCUUCCACCAUGUAUCAGAGCAACGUUCCACAAAAUAAUCCACGUAGUUAUACGAAUUCUCCAGCACCAAUCAAACAACAAACUCAACCUCAAUCUCAAACUUAUCCUCAACAAGCACAACAACCACAACGUCCACCACAGGUACAAAAUCAAUCUCAAAAUCAGCAACCAAUCAACAAUUCUACAAAUAAUAAUCACAAUAAAUCAGGAGUAAUAAAUCAAAAUUCACGUCCAAUGAUUUAUAAUCCUAAAUCUGGAUAUAUCACCACAGCUCCACCAAUCAAUAGAAUGAAUCCGUUGGUACAACAAGCCCAAGGUAUCCAAGGAUUGAAUACUUCUAAUAUCGAUGGAAGAUCAGCACAUUCUUCGGGAAAUAGUAAUACCCAUAGUAGUAGUAGUAAUACAACUGGUACUAAUGGGAGCAAAGCAUCUCAGCUUCAUACAAAUGACCCUUCAAAGUUGAACGAUGCAUUGGCAGCAGCUGGUGUUGAUAUUCAACAAGAAGAAGAGUUGCUUAUGCAACAACAUUCAAACCGGAAUAAUAGAUAUACUACACAACAACAACAGUAUUUACAACGUCAAAGACAACAACAAUUUCCUAGAACGUCACCAUUUUUGAAUCCAUAUCAUUUAUCAUCGUUCAUGCAAAGAGUUGCUAGAGAAAAUGGGGUUCAUCAAAAUUUUCUUCAAGAUUCUGAAUUAUUAGAAUUAGUUUCUGCAGCAUGUGAAAAUUGGAUAUCAAAUUUGACUACAAAGACAAUUAUACUUUCACGUCAUAGACGUCGAGGAAUUCCGACUCUUGUAGAAACCAAAAAUGGAUCUGGUAAAAAGGGGAAUUCUACUACUACUCCAUCAAGUCAACGUUCUGAACUUUCAAAGGAACUUCGAAAUAUUGCUGCCAGACAAAAGGAAUUAGAAGAAAGAAGAGUUCAAAAAAGAAUAGCAUUAGGGUUAGAAAAUGGUACUGCCAAUGGAGGAGAUUCUGAAAAUGGGAAAGCUGGUGCUGAAGAAACUUUACAUAGAGCGGCAAAUGCUACAGCUGCAAUGAUGUCUUCAGGUCGUAAGAAAUAUUCUUGGAUGACCCAAGGAGCUAAUGCUGGUGGAGGUGCUGAUGAAAGUAGUAAAUCUGCAGAAGGUGAUACUAAAAGUAAACAAAGUUCUCUCAUUUCUAUUAGAGGAGAUAAUGGAUUAAGAUUCCGUGAGAUUAGAUCGGGGAAAACUGUUACUAUGAAAGAUUUACUUGGAGCGUUAGAAGAGGAACGUAUGGGAACAGAAAAUGCCCUUAUUAAGGGAUACGCUAAGUUAAAGGAUUAA